AAUCUUAGUCAAACCAAAAAGAAAGAAGAGAUAGAGGUGGGCAAAGCUGAGGUUCAGCUUUCAUAAACACCUUCAUUUGAAGACACAGUUCUCAUACUCAAACCAAAAGACAUGGAAGUUUUCCUUGUAAUUAGAGAUCUGGUUUCACUGCUUGUUGUUGGGUUAUUAAUGAUAUGGGGAUGGAGGGCUUUAAACUGGGUAUGGUUGACCCCAAAGAGACUCGAAAGGUGCUUGAAACAACAGGGUUUUGCAGGAAAUCCUUAUAGGUUCCUUUCUGGAGACAUCAAAGAGAGCUUCACUAUGAGCAGACAAACAAGAGCCAAACCUAUGCCUGUUAGUGAUGAUAUUGAGGCUUAUGUUGUUCCUUUUCUUCAUCGAACUAUCAACAAUCAUGGAAAUAAUUCAUUUAUGUGGUUUGGUCCAAGACCAAGGGUGACAAUUAUGGACCCUGAAAAAAUAAGAGAAAUAUUUACCAAAUUCAAUGACUUCCAGAAGCCUCAUUCCAAUCCACUGGUUAGAUUCCUUGUAGGUGGCCUUUCCAACCUCGAGGGAGACCAAUGGAGUAAGCAUAGAAAAAUUUUAAACCCUGCAUUUCAUCAAGAUAAGUUGAAGAACAUGUUGCCAGCAUUUUAUCAAAGUUGUAAUGAGAUGAUAAGCAAAUGGGAGGAGAUGGUGUCUAAAGAAGGGUACAGUGAGUUAGAUGUGUGGCCUUAUAUCGUAAAUAUGACAAGAGAUGUGAUUUCCCGAGCUGCGUUUGGGAGCAGCUACGAAGAAGGAAGAGGAAUUUUCCAACUAUUAGAGGACCUAACCUCUCUCACAAUCAAAGUUUUUCAAUCUGUUUACAUUCCAGGAUGGAGGUUUUUACCCACAAAGACUAACAGGGAGUUGAAGAUGAAACACAAAGACAUAAAAGAAUCGCUUAGGGAAAUGAUAAAGAGAAGAGAGAAGGCAAUUAAAGCAGGGGAAGAGAGCAAUGAGGACUUGUUGGACAUACUUGUGGAAUCCAAUAUCAGAGAAAUGGAAGCAAAGCAUAAGGGGAUGAGCAUUGAGGAUGUGAUUGAGGAAUGCAAGCUGUUUUACUUUGCUGGCCAAGAGACCACUUCGGUCUUACUGGUGUGGACUAUGGUUUUACUAGCAAGAUAUCCUGAUUGGCAGACUAAAGCAAGGGACGAGGUCUUGCAUGUUCUUGGUGACCGUAAACCUGAUGCUGAUGGCCUUAAUCGUCUCAAAGUUGUAACAAUGAUAUUGUACGAGGUUCUAAGGCUAUACCCAGCAGUCGUUUCGCUAGCACGCUCCAUUCCAAAAGAAAUAAAACUGGGAAAUUUGUUGUUGCCAGCCGGAACAGAACUUUUGCUUCCAAUCCUGCAGAUCCACCAUGACAAAGAUCAUUGGGGUGACGACGCACAUGAAUUUAGGCCUGAGCGGUUCGCCGAAGGGGUUUCCAAAGCAACAAAGAGCCAAGUCACGUUUCUGCCUUUUGGAUGGGGUCCUAGGAUCUGCAUUGGCCAAAACUUUGCCAUGAUGGAAGCCAAAAUGGCGAUGGCUAUGAUUCUCCAACGAUUCUGGUUCGAGCUUUCCCCUUCCUAUGCUCACUCUCCUUGCACCAUGAUAACACUUCGUCCACAGCAUGGUGCACAGAUAAUUUUACAUAAACUUGGGUCUAAUUGAAUUGUUACGUAAACAGCUCUUUAUAGUCAUCAUUACUCAAAUAAGUGAAAAUCUAGAUUAAAUUGCGUACCCAUCCGGUAGGUCGGGGAUUUGGAUAAUAUUUUGGGAAUUAAAUUAUAAAAAUUAUUUACGUAAAAAAAUUAUACUUUUUGCUA